ACACCUCUUCGACGCAUCUCCCAAGGCUCCCUCUUUGCUCUUUCACGCUCAGAGAACAACCCUGAUACGCCCUAUGGUCUCGGCUUCCUCGAACCUGCGCUCGCAGAAUUGGCCGACGAGGCCGACGCACUCCAUGCAAACGUUGCGGGAUUGCGGGCUCUCGGCGACUCGCUGCAGACGUUCAACGAGAGCUUCGCGAGCUGGUUGUAUGUCUUGAAUAUGAAUGCCUUGACCGUGGAUUGGCCACAG